GUGCUUGUGGGUGCGAUCCUUGAGAAUGGCGAGCUGAUCCUCAGCGGCAGUACGGACGGCAAACUCAAUGGGAUCGUUAGCACCAGCCUCAGCAGCAAGGUAAGAGUACAAGAGAAUAUCCUCAGAGGUGUAGUUGUUGGACAGGUAGGGCUCAUCGAAGGUCAACUCGUUCAGGGUCAAUGUUCCGGUCUUGUCAGAGCAGAGAACAGAGACGGAAGCCAUCUCUUCGACAGCAGUAAGACGCUUGACAAUGACCUUCUUGGCUGCAAGUUGCUUAGCGCCAACAGCCAUGGUGACAGACAUGACAGUGGGGAGACCAACAGGGAUGGCAGCGACAGUGAGAACCAGGACCUUGCGAAGGACGGUCAAGAAAUCUCCUCUGUUGUCAGCGUCGCCGUGGAAGUGAACAAGUUGGUAGAUCAUGAUGAUGACAAUAAGAACGACAGUGAUGAGGAUCAAGAAGUUUCCGAUGCGGUUGAUAAUCUUCUGGAAGUGUCCUUCCUCAGUAGUAAUAGAGAUCAAGUUGGCGGCGCGACCAAUGAAAGUAUCACCACCAGUCUUGGUAACAACAGCCAUCUGUUGGCCCUGCUUGACAAUCGAGGACGAGUAGACGGUCUUGCCCUUGUUCUUAGCAACCGGCAGAGACUCUCCAGUAAGGGCAGACUGAUCAAUCAGGAGAUCGCCCUCGGUGGCUUCACCAGUGGCGCCGAUUCCGAGAAGACGACCAUCGGCAGGAACGAUAUCACCGAGACGCAGGACAAUAAUAUCACCAGGAACCAAGGCGGCGACAUCGAGCUCAACCAAAUGGCCAUCGCGCCAGCAGCGGGUCUUCAAGGCAAGAGUUUGACGAAGGGCAUCCAAGGCAGACUCGGCCUUGGACUCUUCAAUGAAACCGAUACAGGCGUUGACGAGCAACAGACCCAAAAUGAUACCAAAAUCCAGCCAAUCCUUGACGACGGCAGAGAUGAUACAAGCAACCUCGAUCAGGUAUGCGAUGGCCCCAGUGAAGUAGCUCAAGAACUUGAGGAAGGGGUUGCGCUUGACCUCAGCCAGCUCAUUGGGGCCGAAUUGGGCGAGACGGGCCUCGGCCUCGGCUGUGGUGAGACCCUGCUUGGGGUCGGUUUGGAGGAGAGCCUCGAGCUCGGGCGAGAUUUCGUCCUUGUGCUCGUGGUGCUCAGCCUCCUCGACUUCGAGCUGACCCUUCGUGUGAGUCU